UAAUUUCCUAUCCCAUCCCUCUGAACAGCCUGAGACUUACCAUUUCCGCUCUUCUUCUUCUUCUUCUUCUUCUUCCAAUUUCAACGAUGCCGAUCCGAAGAAAACUUGAGGAUGCUGUGCCAAUUCUGCUUGGUCUUCUUUCUGAGGAAGGGAUCAAAGUCCCCAACACUCGAGAUCCUCCAGUGCCAGAGUCCAACACCCAAGAUCAUGCGUUGUUGAAACAAAUCAGAGAGUACUUUGAGAAAAGACAAGAUCUGUUCCGUGACCUCAAGAGAAAGGAAGACAAUCUCCUGGAGAAUUUCACUGCUCUUGAAGAAGAGAUCGCCAACUCUAAAUACGGCAGUGAUGGCAGCCGAGGAGAUCCCGCACAUCCUCCCAAGGAGCACCCUCUUUCAGGCAAAUUCAAUAGGAUAACAGCCCACGUUUCUGUAUUCGAACGUUUGAAAUUAGAGAAGAGCGAGGAAUCACCCGAAAAUAAUGAGUCAGAGGCUCAGGAAAUGGAGAUUUCAGAAAAAUGGUCUGAAUUAAAGGUGGAGCAUCGCAUACUUAAAGAUUCAGCACUUUCUCGUUUUCAGUUGAGCUAUGACAACAUUACUGGCAUUGAUGUUACUGGCAUCGAUGGUAAGAAGCAUCGCAUUCCUGGUUGUAACAUCAAGCUGUGUCUGCUAUGUUUCUCCGUAUUUCCGCCCAAAUCGAUCAUCAAAAAGAGGCCCUUGAUUUAUUGGUGGCUUGGGGAGGGUUUGAUAACCAAGACGGAAGAUGGAGAACGCAUCUUUGGGGAGCUGAUCAAGAAGGGCCUUCUAAUUGCAAAAUACAAGCCAAAUAAGAAUCCUAUUGUGGAUAGCUGUACAAUGCACUCUUGGAAUCGCCUUAUGCUGAUCUCGGUUGCAAAAAGGGCUGAGUUCUUUGAUUUUGCUGAUGACAAAGGAUUACCUGCUAAUCACGGCACCAGGUAUCGCCGCAUGUGUUUGGUAAAGCAAACCCCUCCAAAUGGGGAGGCUUCUAGACAGGAUCACAACAGUUCAGGUAGUCGUUUAUUGACUUUGUUCAAUGUGAAUGAGCAAUAUCUCAAUAUCCCCCGUGACUGGUUUUCAAAGGAGAACAAAAUUGUGGUUCUUCAGCUUGGGAGGUGGCAGGAUUCAGCCAAGUACCAUAUAGAAGUCGAAAAUGAAGACUUCUGGAAAGCUCUGGAGAGCAAGAAGCACUUGAAGUAUAUCAGCCUGCGAGGAAUUUCAAGAAUCACUGAAAUACCUUCCUCCGUCCGCAAGCUCAUUAAUCUUGAAAUACUGGAUCUCAGGGCAUGCCACAAUCUGGAGAAACUACCAUCUGACAUUUCAUCUUUGAAGAAGCUCACGCAUCUAGAUAUAUCAGAGUGCCACUUGCUAGAGAGCAUGCCCAAGGGCCUGGAGAAGCUGACUUCGCUCCAAGUGCUAAAGGGUUUUGUGGUAGGAACUUCAAAAAGAGGCCCUUGCAAGCUUGAAAACCUUGCUGAAUUGACGCAACUUAGAAAGCUGAGUAUAUAUAUCAGAAACAAAGAUUAUAUGGGAGAGCUUAGAAAGUUGAGUAAGUUUUCAAAUCUUCGCAUUCUAUCGGUAACAUGGGGAGAAAGAGGAGCACAGGAUCCAAAAGAACAAUCAAGAAAGCAAUCUGCUACGAGUGAGUCUUCUUUCCCCUUUCCUCUCAAAUUAGAGAAACUGGAUCUUUGGUGUAUCCCUGAAACCGACCCAGCUUGGUUAGACCCUGCUGGGUUUAAGAGUUUAAGCAAGCUGUACAUUAGGGGAGGAAAGCUUGUUAGUUUCAAGGAGAGUCCUACUGGUGAGAAGUGGAGAGUUCAGAUUUUGCGUUUGAAAUAUCUACGUGCUUUCGAUGAAAACAAACCCUGGCGGCGAAACUUCCCGUACCUCAGUUACUUGGAGAUAGAAAACAAAGCUGAGGAUGAGCAUCGAGCCAGCAGCAGCAGGUCCCCUGAACAACUAACUGAUCAUAACUAGCUUGCUCCACCCAUCACUGUGUCUUACUUGUAUCUUAAUUUCUCCAACUACUUGAAAAUUCUUGGUGAUUCUAGUUGUUGCCACUGUAAAACUAUAAAAUUACUCAACUGCAUUGCAAGUGUGUCUGAUUUAACUUGAUCACUUUCUUUA